UUAGCCGACGACAUCGUACACUACCAAGUCGUCUUCUGCAUCUAUCAUAUUUAUCUUUGACAGAAACUCGAAAAAAAAAAACAAAAUAUAAAUUCAAAAAUGGAACGCGUCUGACAUUCGAAGCGUGGAUACAGAUAAUUAAAAUUUUGGAUUAUGAGUGUGUUGCUGUUAUAAAAAAAAAAUCAAAAUGGACGUUCAAAAAGGCGCGCUUAUUCUAUUUGCUUUCUACACACGGUUCGCGUGUUCGCAAGAUUAUUAUCGAAUGGGCACCAACACAAACGCCGCUGAAGCGAUGCAAUUCCUUCGAGAAUAUGACAGGGAAGCUUCUGGAAUGUGCUACAGAGUGACGAUGUCCCAAUGGAAGUUCGUCACAAACAUAACGGAAUACAACCGGCACAAGAUGCUGGAAGAGCUAGGGAUCAGCUCCAAGUUCGAAAGGCUCUCCUGGAGGAAGGCAGCCGCGUAUGACGCGACCAGGGUCUCUGACCCCCUGGGGAGGAGACAAUUGAUGAAGAUCAUACAAAGUAGCAGGGCUGCGCUGCCAGAUGAUAAGUUUAUUGAGCUACAAUCCCUAAUAACAGAAAUGAAGGAAAUCUACAAUUCAGCCAAAAUAUGUCCCUUUGGCCAAAAACCGUAUGACCCACACAUACCAAAACCUUCUGAAACAUACCAAGAAAAGCACCAACAAUUCCACUUAGCAAGUGGACCGUACCAACAUUACGAAGUCCAGGAGACCCAGGACUUCCCUAACUACUGUGACAUGCAGUUAGACCCGGAGAUAUCCAGGAUUCUAGCGCAUUCCCGGAUUGAAAGUGAACUGCUGUACGUGUGGAAAAGUUUUAGGGAAAAAACCGGGCCUAAAGUGAGGAAUCGGUUUAUGAGAUAUGUGAUGUUGGCGAACCAAGCGGCUGUUAGUACUGGAUACAAAGACGCAGGUGACCAAAUGCGUGCUCCGUACGACGAUCCCUCCUUCCGCACUAGCGUUGAAGAGAUAUACAACCAAGUGGCCCCACUUUACAAGCAAUUAUUCACUUAUGUGAGAAAACGUUUAGUGCAAAGAUAUGGGGGUAGUGUGAGAAGUGAUGGGCCUAUACCUGCGCAUUUGUUGGGUAACAUGUGGGCUCAAAAUUGGAAGUCAAUCAUGGAUUUAGUGAUGCCGUUUCCACAAUCUCCCAAUGUUGAUGUUACUGCUGAAAUGUUAAGACAAGGCUUCACUCCAUUGAGAAUGUUCCAAAUGGCUGAAGAAUUCUACACCUCUAUGGGUCUAAAACCAGUACCACCUGAGUUCUGGCGCGGAUCUUUACUAGCUCGACCUACACGAGCUGCUCAGUGUACUGCUAGCGCUUGGGACUUUUGUAAUCGGAUUGAUUAUAGAAUAAAACAAUGCACAGAAGUGACGAUGCAAGAUCUAAUUUCAACCCAUCACGAAAUGGCGCACAUACAAUAUUACUUACAAUAUUCCGACCAACCGCAAUUGUUUAGGGAUGGAGCGAAUCCGGCAUUCCACGAAGCUGUAGCUAAUGCGGCAACACUGUCAGUUUACAACUUACCACAUUUGCAACGAGUGGGUUUAUACCAGAAUAAAACCCACGACCCUUAUGAAGUGACAAUGAAUUUUCUGAUGGCGAUGGCUCUUGAGAAAGUUGCUUAUUUACCAUUCGCUUUCAUGGUUGAUCAGUGGCGUUGGUCAGUAUUUGAAGAUGGCGUCGAAAAUAUGAACGCAAGAUGGUGGCAAAUGAAAUUAAGAUAUCAGGGUGUAACUCCACCAAUACCAAGAACAGAAGCUGAUUUCGAUCCCGGAUCCAAAUAUCAUAUCAUUUCUGAUCAGGAAUACAUAAAAUACUUUCUAGCUACAAUACUAGAGUUCCAAAUAUUCGAACAACUGUGUAUCGCUUCGGGACAUAUCGGCCAUUUGCAUGAGUGUGAUGUCUACAGGAGUAGAGAUGCUGGGAGGCUUUUGAGUGAAAUAAUGCAGCCGGGAUCUUCGAAACCAGCAUCUGAAAUAAUAAGAAGUAUGACGCGCGGACGGACCAACAGAAUAUCACCAGAAGCACUUGUUAAGUACUUCCGUCCUUUAGAACUAUGGCUGCGAGUACAGAACCGCGACGAAAGACUCAUCGGUUGGAAUUCGAAUCAUCUAGAUGUGGCUAUGUUCGCGCCGCAGAAAAGCGCGGGAAUUUCAAAUGGAAUGUCAAAUGUUUUCGUUUUUGUUUUUUUAAUUUGUUUGUGGCUUGUUUUAUAAAGAGGUUUAUUGUUG